ACAGAACAGCAGGUGUUUCAGAGCCGGACUCUGGAAACAGCUUCAGCUUCUCGGAGCACAUACGUCAUUUCUGCGCAGGCUGCACGCGCUGCAGAAAGAGAGUGUGAGCACGAGCUCUAUCAGCACAGCACAGGCGGCACGAAGUGCAUGAAGCCCCGCCCACCGGACACCUGUCACCUGCCUGAUAGAAACAGGAAGCGAACCAGCCCCCGGGCACUGUGUGAGUACUGACAUAAGUACUGCAUGUGCUACCAACACGGAGUGCCUGCAGUACUCGGAGCCAUGGCUCAGUAUUAUUGAAUAACACACGGUAUUUAAUUAGUCCGCGUGCUCGUGAAGGAGGAUUUUAGUGCCGUCAGUCGCUCGGUGAAGUCGCGAUGAACACACUCGCUCUGCUCAGUGAAAAGUUGCUGGUUUGAUUCCAGCCAGAGAGUCUGGGUCUCGGCAGGAAGGCCAGUGCAGAGCGCCCCCUCGUGGUCGUGUUUAUGUCGCUGAAGGUUUUCACUCUGAUGAUUUUAUAGUUGAGAUCUAAUAAAGAAAACUGAAGUUUUUCCCUCCGUGGGGUCACGUGACGUUGUUUCUGGUGGGCGGCAGUUUUCCUGUCGUUUAUUUAUUUGACUGUAUUUAUUAUUUCGUUUGUGGGCGGAGCUUCGUCUUCAGUCGCUGCCCUGUCAGAGCUGUUCGUCUGUGUCUGGAGCAGCAGCAUACAGGCUCCACCCCCGGCUCCCUGCUGCCAAGUCAAAAUGGCCGCCAGCAGCUGAACAUGUGACAGGAAGUUAAAGUAACAAGUCGACUCUGUGAUCAUCAUGUCCCACGCCAAGCACCUGCUGCCGAUGCCUUCCACUGUGGUGGAUGUUUCACUGCAGAGGAUGCCCCGCCUCCUUUUUCUUCUUCUUCUGGUGUCGACGUCACUCAGCCUGGUGUCGGCCACAUCACCGCUCACUGUGGCAUUGUGGCGUCGUGGCAACCGAGUCUCCACUAUCAGCGCCUGCCACCGACUGGAGACAGCAGACGGAGGACUGACGGUCCGCUGCAGUGGACUCAGACUGACCCAGGUACCCAUCGGCCUGCCGAACCACACCACUCGUCUGUUUCUGAAUAAAAACCUGCUGACCUCUCUGGCGGCCGACACGUUCUCCAGUCUGUUCCUGCUCGAUGAGCUCGACCUGUCACAUAACCAGCUCUCCUCACUUGAAGACGGUUGUUUCCGUGGGUUGGACUCGCUUACUUUCUUGGACCUGUCGUACAACCGCCUGUCCACGCUGGAGCUGCCGGUGCUCGGCGGUCUGCAGAUUGAGGCCAACCUCACACAUAACCCCUGGCACUGUGACUGCAGGAUGGAGAUGUCCAUGCCUCAGUUGGAUCUGGACCCGACCUCACUAGCAGAAGUUGUCUGUGCAACCUCUGAUCUCCCAAACCUCGGAGCUGUCGGGAUACCACUGGUUGUGCUGAUGGAGGACUGGGAUCUGUGUUUGUCUGUGAGGAGAACCACUGAUGUGGUGACACUCGUCACCAUGUUCCUCUGGCUCUUCAUGCUCAUCUGCUACCUGGCCUACUACAUCCGCCAGAACCAGGCGGUCACACGCCGAAACCUGGAGUACCUGAAGUUACUGGAGAGCAAAAAUCCUUAUAAACCCAAAAAGACAACUUCAUGAUGACCUUUUGGAAUUCCUGAAUGCCUGUCUAGAGUUACCCACAGCUGUGUUUUCCCUCAAAGACAUCCGUAAUGACUUCCAGAGCAAUUUCUUUGCC